UUGGUGGAGCGCUGGUGUAGUCCAGCAUAAGGCAGGAGAAAUUAUCCACGCCCCCGGUUUGUCUCUACGUCUCUUUUCAACUGAUGUGCCACGUAAUACCCGGAUGGUCCAAUCGGCAUGAGAGAAGAACAAUAGGGAUUGGCCACGGGGCCUGUCUCUUACGUGUUAUGGUAGCUAACCUUAUUCAAACAGAUUUUCCUUGCAAGCUGAUCACUGGUUUUCAUCGUCAUCUCUGACCGGGAGAGGGAACCGAGAGUCGCCGGGUAGACAGGCAUUCUACAGUCUGGUGUGGUACGCACUCCACUUGGGUGUUGCGGGAACUUUAAUCUGGCUUGGAGUUGGGUGUAGAAUUUUUCUCUCUCCUUUCGCGUGCAACUUUAGAAGUUAGUUAGAGGUUGAGGCUUUUAACCAGUUUUUUUCUCAUUGGAUGACCAUGGCAAACGCACAUAAUUACUUGGUGAUAGUUUUCUGUACUACGGCUGGGCAGAGAGGUGCUUUGCUUGGGACGGACGAAACGGACUUGGUCUUGCUGGUGUGGGGUGUCAUUGAUGUUGAGACAAACAAGUUGGUUGGGUUCAUCAAGCAGUCCUUCGUUAGACCAGACUCGGACAAUGUUGAGGUAUCUGAGGACCUGUGCAAGGCACUGGGAGUCCAACGAGAAGUCUUCAAGGGCGCCGCCAAGAUGGAGAAAGUGCUCCAACAGUUCGAGGAGUUUCUUUACCGGGAACUCAAUCUCAGUCAGGGUAACACCUUUUGUCUUCUGACUGACGGCCAACUCCACAUUCGCCAAUGCCUUCACCCACAGGCACUCAACAAGAACGUCGAGUUACCAGACUUUUUCUACUCCUUCUUCGAUCUGAGGAAAGAGUUUCAGAAGUUCCAUGCCGGAGCUACGACCAUCACAACAGUCAAAGACAUGGCAGAUUAUUUGAAGAUCGACACAGGGAACUACAACUUCACGGAAACGGGGCUGGACGAGUGCCGAGUCAUGGCUAGCAUUGUACAGAGGCUCAUUCACGAAGGUCACAGAUUCACAAAUCCUGAUCAAAUCCGAAGAAAAUACGAACCUGGUACAUUCGACAAGACGGACACUGUGCCCGAUAACACAGUGGUCAAAGCCCGAGGUUUACCCUGGCAAGCCUCAGACAGAGAUGUCUUCCGCUUCUUUAAAGGCCUCAAUAUCGCAAAAGGUGGGGUGGCAUUGUGUUUGAACCACUAUGGUAGGAGGAACGGUGAAGUGAUGGUUCAUUUUGAAUCUUCCCAGCACCGAGACAUGGCUUUACAGAGACACAGACACAACCUUGGUAACCGAUAUGUGGAGGUGUUCAAGGGAACGGGAGACGAGUUCAUCAAAGUUGCAGCAGGCACUUCUCGUGAUGCAGCACUGUUUCUGUCCAGAGAUGAUGGCCAUAUCAUUGUACGGAUGAGAGGACUUCCAUUCACUGCAACUGCUCGAGAAGUGGUCGAUUUCUUUGGACCUACCAUCCCUGUGUCUGGUGGUGAAGAAGGUAUAUUGUUUGUCAAGCAGCGCAACGGUAAAAUGACGGGCGAUGCUUUUGUUCUCUUCUCCACUGAGGAAGUCGCCAACAAGGCCUUGGAGAAACACAAGGACUACUUGAAGAACAGAUACAUUGAGAUCUUCCGUAGCACAACUGCUGAAGUGCAGCAGGUUCUAUCCCGUCUUCACUCGGAGCCUUUGGUACCCGAGGGACCACCCCCCGCCAAUGUCAUGGUGCCCAAUAUUAUCCCUCCACCCCCAGCUCACCUGGUACCCCAGCCACACCCAGCUGCCUUUGUACCCCAACAACUCAUAACCUGUGGCAUGAUACGAGACUGCAUCCGGAUGCGGGGCCUACCCUUCAAGGCAACCAUUGAGGACAUCAUGAGGUUUCUUGGAGAGACGGCAAACUACAUUCGUCCACAUGGAGUGCAUAUGGUGUUCACAAUGCAGGGAAACCCAACUGGAGAAGCCUUCAUCCAGAUGAUGUCUGCCGAGAAGGCACUCCUAGCUGCCCAGUUGUGCCACAGGAAGUACAUGGGAGAACGCUACGUGGAAGUCUUCCAAUGCUCCGGAGAUGAGAUGAACCUGGCAUUGAUGAGUGGAGCCCGAGGCAAGGCAGUGCAGCCGCAAGCAGUACAAAGUGCAAUAGCACCAACAACUCCUCCAUUCCCUUAUCAGCAGCAACUUCAAUCUCCCAACGGCGGUAUGAUCCCAACCACGACUCCCAUGCCUGCCAUCCAGACACGCCAACAGGCCACCCAUUCCUACAUCCAACAACCUCUUUAUUACUUCCCUAGCCCUCCUGUCUCCCCUACCACCAGCCAGCUCUACCAUCACCCCCACGCCAGCAAUGCGGUCAUCCGCCUUCGAGGACUCCAUGUUGGAGCUACGCCCCAAGAAGUUGCCAACUUCUUCCAGGGAUAUGGGGUGCCAGCUGAGAAUGUACAGUUUCAGUACAACGGGGAUGUAUUGGUUCCAUUCUACUCCCAAGAACUCGCCAUGAAAGCUCUCCAUGACAAGCAACGUCAGUACACCGGCAAGAUGGAACUCUUUAUGCCUUGAGGGGAGGAAACAAAAGAUACAAGAUGAAAUCAGGUUGAUUUGUAUCCACUCUGUGCAUGUCUAUGUAGAUCUUGAGCUCAUGCAAAACCAAUUCAUGCAAAACUUUCAACAUUGAACCAUGACACUACUAACUUCUUCACUUUCACUCUGUGCUUGUCUUCAGGUAAAAUUUGUUUCAAACACUAUGCUGUGUUUUGAAACUGAGUCUGUAAUGCUUGAAUGGAUAUCAAUCGCAUAUUUUUGUGCAAAAACUUUCCAAAGUGUAGAAGCAUAUAGUUUCCCCUCACUUUCUUCUUUUCAUCCUUCUGUAGAUGGAUUCUUUUGCUUUUCAGGACAGAUAAACGUGGGUGUAGAGUAAAUGAAACCCAUAUUUAGAUAUUUUGAAGUACUCUUUGUAGCAUAUGUCUGGUUGUCACCAGCUACUGCCAUGUACACCUUUAUGUUCAAUAUUUCUCCUCUCUAGUGGAAGUUGACUGUACAUUCUACAUUAAAAUUCUUUCUGUGUUCCUGCCUGUAUCUGUCUGCUUACAGAAAGUCUUUCACUUCUCAACCAGUGAGUUCAAAUGAUUCUACACUUUGGUUUUACAGAAGGUGUAAUAUGUUUCUUGAAUACGGCAAAGAGUGGAAACAUUAAAUGGUCCAAUGUUGACUUGUCAUGUGGCUAGUGGAAUUCAAAGUGACCUCCUACAAGAAAUAAAACCCAGUUGCUGAUGUCACAUCUUUGACAUCUUGUCAUUUUCAUUAAUAAUAUUAUAAAUCACUAAUUUCCCCAAACAAUCCAUGUGUCUGAUACUCUGUGCAUGAACGAAUGUGCCUUUUCAAACAAAUUAAGAAAUUUAAAAUUAAUUGUACACUUCCAAGUGUAGUUAUAUAUUUAGACUGCAUAUUUUAGUUUACAUAGCAAUUUAUCCAUUAUUAAGGACAGAUAUUGUUUGACUUUACAUAAUUUGUGUGUAUUAGAAGUGUUGAAUGAUCAUGUUCCUAUUAGUCCAUCCAUCCUGUUUUCAACAGUGGGAUAUUUUGGCGUAUUUUAACCUUUUGUGCCUUGUGUUCUCGUAGAUAGUUAAGAAGUAGAUUUUUUAGCUAGUCUUUUUUUGCAGCUCAGAAUGUCCUUUUCAAAUGGAUCAGUACUAGAGGUAAUAACUUGUACUUGUAUUUCUGUAACCAUUAUAUAACUCAGUGCUUCCUAAGCGCCAAUUUCAACUCGCACUUCAGCAUGACUUCCAUCCAUUUAUUCUUUAGUGAAAGAUACCUGGGCUUCCAAUCGGUUUCUCGUUCAAAUCAGUAACCAUUUUCUUAGGUAACAUCCUUUGAGAAACUCAUUAUAAAACUGUUAGACUAACUCGGUGUGUUCAAUAUUUCAGAUUUUAAUAUCUACCCACAUGUACUAAGUGUUACUGUCAAACACUGGCAACGUAUUACAUCCUUUAUUGUUAUCGCAUCCAUUAAAGCAACAUGUUUCUUCAUCUGUAGGUGAAAAACGUGAUCCUUAGUAAGGGUGAUAGAAGUGGCUUUAAGGAACUGAAUAUGUUUGCAAAGAUGUAAUGUAUACAUUCAUGAUGGUAUCAAACAGCCCUAAGAACGUAGCAUGUGGACUGGUAAUGCGGUUGGUGGGUUUAUUCGUUUCUUUGUGGAUUUUUUGGUAGCUAAUGGGUCUGCAUUUUUGUGUCGGAAAUAAUCCAAAAUUUAGUCAAAACCUGGUUUUGGUGGCUUCUCUCUAAUUUGAGGUAACUUAACUGGUUGGGUAGAAAGCAGUUUGAGGGAAAAGGGGAAAAAUGCAGAUAUUCUUGCCAUCCAUGCUGAACAUUCUCAAUUGUCAUGAGAGUUGUGACAACGAAACAUUUUAUCAGUUGGGUUCUUCAAGGUCGAUGUGAGACUUGAGGAAAGAUUCCCUCCCGCUUAAAGGCAAUGCUUCCUGCUGACGACAAGGGUUAAAAAAGGAAUCUGAGUCAAGUUUAACAUCAUCUUGUCAGGCCGUUUGAGUGACGCAAUAAUAUGUUUAUCAAUUGACAGUAUUAUUUAUGUCAGAUGUAUAAAAAAAAUAAGUUUACUCCAUCUGUUAAAAAUCCGAAUUGAAGAGUGAUCUAUGUUACAUGGGAAACCAAGCUUAGGAAACGAAAUUGAAAUAAUUUGAUAUUUGGGUUGAUCAGGUUUGAAGGGCAUUAUCAGUCAUUAGCAAAGAACAUUUACUUCCAAGACUUUAAUGCUCUUGAAAUGCACUAAAUCUUUUUAAGAGCCUAUGAUCAAAUAAACACCGACCCAGGAGACCAAUAGAAUAAUUUGUACAAUUCAUUCUGAGGAAAGUAAACUCUUUAAGUUGUAAACUUAUCAAAGUAAUAACUAUUUUAAACUCCUGAUUAUUCUUUAAUGGUUUUAUUUUUCAACCAAUUUACUGUUUUUUUUAAGUCAGUUUGAAAUACAUUGGCCAGAUUUGCAAAUAAGUUUCAGAAAGCUGUAAGUUGCACAAUUGUUUUAGACUUUAGUAGCUCUUAUUUGCAAAUGCACUAGAUUAUCUUUAAAUGUAGUUGAAUUGCAUUUUUUCAACAUGUCCACAAUGUUGUGUAUUUUGAUAUUUAUAAAGCUGAGAAGUGUUUUUGAAGAGCCAUUCUUGUAUAUUUAUGAAUAAAUUUCAAUUUAUUUUAGAUGCAGUAGUCAUGCCAGUUGUAAAUGCAAGCUUAACAAAUACAAAGUUUUGCAUUCAUUUUUAAACGGCCUCUUACAGCGAUGAAAAAGUUGCCACAGAAAUACUGUGUAAAAAUUCAUUUAAAAAUGCACAUGUAAAGACAAGGUUUUGUGUCAGUAAGAUCGGAAUUAAAAGUGAAUGCAAAACAGCUACUAAUUUUGCGCUUUGCUACGUGUAAAUCUUGGGCUGCCUUGCAUGAACGUUGGAUUGUUGAUUGAUCAUAUCAAAGUCAGUGAUUUAACAAACUUAUCAAAGCUUUGAAACAGUCACACAAUUAAGAAAUAGAAAUUACAAAAGUAAAGAUAUUGUGAAUUGAUGUUGGAAGUAUUACUUGUAUUUCCUCACUGAGUUCUUCCAGUAACCUAGUACGUUUAUAUCUAAAAAUGAAAACUCAAAGCAAAAAAGACCUGCUUUGCUUGAGUGCAAUAAAGGGAAGGAUGGCAAGUCUUGAACAGGAGUCAUUAAAAAAUUUGAAAUUUUUUAUAAGAACUCUAGAUCAAGGAUCUUCCAAUUUAUUCAAAUUCCAAUUCAAUUUUUGCACACAUUUACACCAUAAAUUUGUAUUUUAAAAAUCCUGAAUAGAGUCUCUUAAUGGCAUCUCAAAUAAAGUGAAUUAAAAAA